AAAUAGCGUGGAGCUGCGGCCAGGAGGCAGCUGGUGGCGAAGCAGCUCCAGCCCUCGCCAGCCAACCCAGCGCCUCCUGCCCGGCCAUGGCGUCUUGCCUGGCGCUGCUCAGCCUCCUCGGAGCCGCUGCUCUGGCAGGUGUUAGAUCAGCACCAGUGGAAAAAGAUGAUCGUGUUGAAGAAAUGGUGACACGAUGCAUCGUAGAGGUCCUUUUGAAUGGUCUAUCAAAACCCAAUGCUCCACCAAUCAACCCCUUGUGUAAGGAGUUCCUGAAGAAAAGCAGCCAACAAAAGCCAGAAAAGAAGAGGGUAGGCCAAGACAUAGAACUUGACACAAGGCUCUCAGAAUCCAAACAACUGGACAGACCACCUGAAGGGACUGAGAAGGAAGGACUGAAUGCAGAUGAACUUAAAAGACUGGCCAAAGACGAUGAAAAACGGCACCCAGAGGAAGGAAAGCAAGAGGGGAAAGAUGACCAACAAAUCGCCUCCCAAAGGAGUUCUUAUUCUUAUGAUGAAGCACACGAAGAGGAAAAGAAGAAUGAGGGAGAGAAAAGAAAUGAAGAAGAUGGAAGCUAUACAAGAAAUCACAGUGAAGAAGGAAGCAGAGAAAAGAAACAGAAUGAGGAGGAGGAGCAUGAACCUCUUGACAAAAAGUCACUUUCUACGGUUGGAAGGGUGGCAGAGGACGACUACAAACAUUCUGUGGACCUAAAACUCUCUGAGGAAAGUGUAGAAAGCCAAGAACAAGGAAACCAGGAAAGCAAGGAAGAGGAGGAGGAAGAAGAGGAAAAGUAUCACCACAGUUUUCAUCGAGAAUAUGAAGACUCUUAUGAAGAAGACGCUCAGGCAGAAAAACGAGACCACAAACCAAGACAUAACCACCGGAAGACCAAGGUGGACAAGUCCACUGAAUAUAGAAGACAUCAUAAUGGUGAAAAGAGGGAUUCCCCAGAAGAGUUAAGUGAGGAAGAAGAUGACUUCUGGGAUAAAAGGAGCCACUGGCCCAAGCACUAUUACAACACAGGACAUCGUUAUGAAGAAAAGAGAAAUUCUGAGGAGAUGCAUGACUCCGAAGAAAUGGAGGGAAACAGCAGGAGUCAAGAGUACCUGAACAAAAGGCAUCACAGCAAAGAAGAGGAAGAUACAAGAGCCCACAGUAGAGAAAGUGAAGAGAAACCGCUCUACUAUGAGAGAAAAAAACUCCAUGAUGAGCCACAAAAGGGAACAAGACACCAUUAUGAAGAAAGGAAGAGUCACGGGGGCUGGGAUGAGAAACGACAUGUUGGCAAAAAAUGGCAGCACUUACAGAUGGAGGAGAUUCCAAGGUCACCGACCGUGGAUGUAGAUGAGGGAGAGCAGAAGUUCUACAGGCCAGAAGAGGAGAUCAGGGAAGAAAAACGGCACUACCCUACUGUCCUCGAGGAAGAGCUUGAAAAGAGACGCUACAGUGAGGGGAAAAAGCAUGGUCUUAAUAAAAGGACAUUCCUGGUUGAGGAGGGCUAUCCAAGAAGCCACUAUCUCAUGCAGAACGUGAAAAGAGCUGCGGCAGCUUCGUACAUCCCUUACUACCAGCAGCUCAGGUGGAAGAAUAGGCACGUUGACAAGAAGGACGAUAUGGCCGACCCAUUUUGGGAGAGUGCAGAAGAACCCAGGUCCCGCCUGGACGAGAGAGAUUUCUUCCCUGACUAUAAUGACUAUGAGCUAUGGGGGCAGAAGCAACUUCUGGACAGCCUGAAUCACAAGCACAAUGAGAACAGCCGCCGUGAAAAAAUGCACAAAUUUGACAUGAAGAGAGAGUACAGCAGGAUGGACGAACUCGCCCAUCUUCUGAACAACAGGAAGAAGUCCGCUGAGCUUCCAGAACUAUAUCAUUCCAGCGAAGAUGAGAAGAGGGGACACAUGAUAAGGCGCAACGAGGGCAAACUCAGUCAGAGGCCUCUGACGCAAGAGGAGGAAAAAGAAUUGGAAAAUCUGGCUGCUAUGGACCUGGAGCUACAGAAAAUGGCGGAGAAGUUCAACAAUAAUCGGCAGGGAUGAAUUUUGCCUGGCAUGAUGUGGGUAUGGUGAAGUAUAGCUUUAUUGACAGUAGCCUUUAGUCACUGGUAAAAUCACUGCCAUCACUGAUGUUCUCCUUCCCUUCUUAACAGAAAUGUCGUUCACUGUGCACUAAAUAUAUAACAAAUUACAUAACUGCAUCUUUCUGUUAAAAAUGUGCUAGGAAGAUCAGAUUAGCAUGAAUCCUAGCAGAUAAACAUACAUCCAAGGCAGAUGUUUUAACAAGCGUGUGGCAAUAACUGUGUUUGUGUUAUUCAGAAAUGUACUAUUUGUCUCUUUAUUUGAAAUAAUAAAAACCAUUGUCCAAAA